AAACCUCCUCUUUAACCCUCAUAUGCUCUUUCCUUCUUCCUCUCCUUACGUAUACGCGUUUUGUAUCUAUAUCCCCUUCAUCUCUCUCUCUCUCUCUCUCUCUCACACACACACACACACACAGUUCUUAGGGCUUCUAUCAUCUUCAAGGUAUUUCGUUUCGACUUGGAGAGUCUUAUCACAGCUUCAGGAACAGUUUUCUCAUAGAACUUUUCAACAUCUGAAGAAUGGCAGUUGCUGUUGAAGACGUAAUGGAUCUUAAGGCUAAUCAUAGUGCCCCUGUACUCAAUGAUCCUACUCCGGUUAACAAACCACGAUUAGGAAUUCAUGAUUCCUUGGGCCCACGUACUCACUUCUCUCAAACCCCUUUUCUAACAAUCGCAUGGAAGAAACCUGGAGGGGUGCUUGAUGAUGUUCGUUCUACUAACUGGUUGGAUGCCAUGAAAUCCUCUUCUCCUAGGAAUGUAACCAAAUAUUAUGGCACUGAUUUUUCAUCAAAUGAUGCUGACAUGGCUUACCGUGAUUGGAUGCUUAAGUAUCCUUCUGCUCUUACAUCAUUCGAACAAAUUGCAAACAAUGCAAGAGGCAAGAGAAUAGCGUUGUUUCUUGAUUAUGAUGGAACACUAUCCCCAAUUGUGGAUAAUCCAGAUCAUGCCUUCAUGUCUAAUGCUAUGCGUGCAGCUGUAAGAAAUAUUGCAAAAUACAUCCCAACUGCAAUUAUAAGUGGUAGAAGUCGUGAAAAGGUGCGCAAGUUUGUAGGACUGAAAGAACUUUAUUAUGCUGGAAGUCAUGGGAUGGACAUCAUGGGCCCUGUUCGACCUCCAACUGAUCAUAAUGCCACUAAUGAGGAGGUUAAAGAAGGAAAGUUAUACCAGCCUGCUAGUGAAUUUCUACCAAUGAUCAAUGAGGUUUUUGUGAGGCUUGUUGAGUUGACCAAAAACAUUCAAGGUGCAAAAGUUGAGAACAACAAAUUCUGUGUCUCCGUGCACUACCGUAAUGUAGAUGAAAAGAGUUGGACAACAGUAGCACAAUAUGUCCACGACACUUUGAAACAGUAUUCGCGUCUCAGAUUGACACAUGGACGAAUGGUUUUAGAGAUUCGGCCUGUGCUUAAAUGGGACAAGGGGAAGGCUGUUGAGUUCUUGCUUGAAUCACUUGGGUUAAGUAAUUGCGAUGAUGUGGUCCCCAUUUAUGUAGGGGAUGAUAGAACCGAUGAAGAUGCAUUUAAGUUUCUGAGAGAGGGUGGUCGAGGUUAUGGUAUAUUGGUGUCUCCUGCACCCAAGGAAAGCAAUGCGUAUUAUUCUCUCAGAGAUCCAUCAGAGGUGAUGGAGUUUAUAAACUCGUUGGUGAUGUAUAAGAAGUCGGUUCCCUGAGAUUAUAUUAUAUUUAUUAUAUUAUAUAGAGGAGGAAAGACGAUACAAAGAAUAAAACAGAAAGACAGACAGAGGGAUUGGAGUUGGAGUAGAAAAUUAGAGUUGACUAAUGAGCACCUCUCCAACUGCUUAAUCGGCAAUUUGUAAAUCUUUUUUUAUUUUAUUUUUUAUUAUAUUAUUUUUUUGUAAAUUUUGUUGAUUGCCAUGCCAAUUUCAUGGUCUAUAAAUUAAUAAUAUAUAUAUGGAUGGAUGUAUCUUGUUUGCUUA